AUGCUUUUUAAUACGUUUGCUAAUACUGGCUGGCUUCUUUCUAAGGAGAAGGGCUAUGGCAAUGACAAUGGAAUUUGUCCUCAUUGCGGAACUCUGCCUCCUCAGCCAACAUCUUCAAGAAGACAGCGAUCAUGGGCUAUCCUAAUCAUGAUAUAUGGCUUGGUCACGGCAUUUACGCUGAUUGGCAUGGCUUCAUUGCUAUCUUCAAAUCAAAGUAACUUCCUCAAAUUGCCAGCAAUGAAGUCAAGUCAUCGACCAUCAUUGUGGAGUCCAUUUAGAGAUGGACUUCAGUAUGAAAUUGAAACAGCUCCAUCAGAUCUCUGGGCCAAUAAAAUAUACAUGGGAGAGCCAUGCAAUGAAUCAGAACGCGCAUGGAAUAGGCUUAUACAUCCAAAUAGAGGGCAUGGAAUUAGGCUCUACCGUGAGGAAGCUGCGCGUUUGGAUAUCAACAAGAGUAUACUCUUACCGGACAACAAUUUCGCCGUCAUUCUCACGGUUCACCACAAUCUUCACUGUCUGAGACGACUCCGACAAUCCUUUUUCCCAGAUCAUUAUUACGCCAACUGGACCGACGAAGACCGAGCAGACGAUCGACAUCACGCAUUACAUUGUCUCGAAUCCCUUCGCUCGUCCAUGAUCUGUCAACCAGAUCUAGCACCUCUCCCAUACUACUGGUCGGGCAAUAUAAGACAUGAUAUGAACGCAAGUCCACAAUCCAAGCGCGAAUGUGUUAAUUGGGAUGUCUUUUCGGAAUAUCUUAAGGGGAGAAGCUAUCAGAGAUCCGAGAUGAUUCAUGAUUGA